AUGCAAGUCCGGCCGGCGAGUCCCGGAACUUCUGUCUCGGGCUCAAAAGGGUCGCUGGCGGCGCUGUCUGAUGGGUAUCUCUUCGUUCCCGACUCUUCGUCCAACGCGUCCUCCCCAGCCUCGGCUGCUUCUGCCUUCUCAAAUUACAGCGAGUAUGAGAAGAGGAUUGCACUACAGUCCCAUUCGCCUGGCACCCUCGACUCGACGGAGCUCGGCCUGCUCAGCCACUUCCUCACGCACACUAGCCAGACGAUACCCUUUGACGAUGUCGACCUCUAUGCUCUGUCCGUGGGAGUUCCAAACCUCGCAUUCAAUAGCAGGCCCGUGAUGUCGUCUCUGCUUGCUCUGGCCGCGGCAUGCAAGUCCCACGACUUAGCCAAGCAAGCUCAGGAUCCUCUGGAUAGGCAGGUGCUAGGAGAGAUUAGAGACCUGUUGACUCUUGCCGACGAUCACCACAGGAUAUCUCUACAGCACAUACAGGCCGCCGUGCCGAACUCGGAAUGGCACGACAAUGUUCUAGCCAACGCCGCCUUGAUGGUCCUCCACACCUACUCAAGCCAUGCGAUCCGCGUCUACCUCGCCACCGCCGCGAAACGAAGCGGCUUGCAGCUUCCGGCCCAUCUCCUGCCGCAACAUUCACAGUGGAUCAUGUACACUCGUGUAGCUCACACUGCCUCUACUGCAGUGCUGGACAGCAUCGUUAAGGCUGCAGCUAAGAGCCUACCAACUAAGCAUACGCCGCCGGAUCCCCAAUCGAUUCCGCGUCGUGCAUCUCACAUAUCUCCAGAAGACGGGCCCUCUCCACGGACGAGAAGUCUGUUCCUUCCCUUGGUUGGAUCUACAUGGAGUAGAGCAGUCGACAUCCUUCGUGGGAAAACGGACAGCCUCACAUCGCAUCUGGACGGCUCAGAGUUCUUCGCGCCUGGUGACUCGGAGCUUCAUAUCUGCCGAGAGACAUUGGCGGUGCUUGAGCAAUGCGCCGCGAGCGCUUUCUCUACGAGGGAUGGCGACGACAAGGAGGAGGUUUCCACCGACGACGCCAUCUCGUCGGACACGAACUGUAGAGUGUCGGGGUGGGUUGGGAGAUACAUGGUCCGCGUGACAUCGAUGACAUCGCAGAGGGCGCUACGAAGGAUCAUCAUGUCGUUCUUGAACCAGACGCCGGUGGGAUACCUGAACCUAGUGCAGUCUGUUCUCGAGAUGUCGCCGGCGGAGACCAGUUCCGGCAGUUGGUCGGCGCACGACUCUCCCGCGACCGAAGCGCCGACACUCAGCACACCACAGCUACUGGCUAUGGAAAUAUUUGCCCAUUGGCUUGUUCUCGUCAUGCUACUGGACGGUGUGUGGUGGAUUGGCGAUAUAGGGCAGUGGGAAUUGGGGCAGGUCGUGUCGUUGAUCAAGUCACAACAUUGGAUUGACCAGUCGGACGCGGCGGGGACGUGGUGGCCCGAGAGCAUGUAUCAGGUCAAGCGCGAACUCACGGCGGGUGAUAAAUAA